UCCGAGGACUACGGGAUGGGGCCGCCAGUGGCCGCAAGGCGGCGACGACGCGGAGGAGGCGGAGCCCGCAGAGGGAAGGGGAUUGUCUACAACAAGCUGCUACCCUACGCCGAGCGCCUAGACGCCGAGUCCGACUUGCUGCUGGCCCAGAUCAAAUGCAACCUGGGCCGGGCCAUGCAGCUCCAAGAGCUAUGGCCCGGGGGCCUCUUCUGGACCAGGAAACUCUCCACGUAUAUUCGACUUUAUGGGAGAAAAUUUAGCAAAGAAGAUCAUGUUCUUUUUAUUAAGUUAUUGUAUGAGCUGGUAUCAAUUCCAAAACUGGAAAUCAGCAUGAUGCAGGGAUUUGCCCGCCUUUUGAUCAACUUGUUAAAGAAAAAGGAACUUCUUUCAAGAGAUGAUUUGGAGUUACCCUGGAGACCACUUUAUGACGUGGUAGAAAGAAUCUUAUAUUCGAAGACAGAGCACCUGGGAUUAAAUUGGUUUCCUAAUUCUGUAGAAAAUAUUCUCAAAACACUCGUGAAAAGCUGCCGACCAUACUUUCCAGCAGAUGCCACUGCUGAGAUGCUAGAAGAAUGGCGACCUUUAAUGUGCCCUUUUGAUGUAACAAUGCAAAAGGCCAUCACUUAUUUUGAAAUAUUUCUUCCUACCUCCCUUCCUCCAGAACUUCAUCAUAAAGGUUUUAAACUUUGGUUUGAUGAAUUAACUGGCCUUUGGGUUUCAGUGCAAAAUCUCCCACAGUGGGAGGGGCAGCUAGUAAAUCUCUUUGCUCGAUUGGCUGCAGAUAAUAUAGGGUACAUAGAUUGGGAUCCAUAUGUACCAAAGAUAUUUACAAGAAUUCUGAGAAGCUUGAACCUACCAGUGGGAAGCAAUCAAGUGUUAGUCCCAAGAUUUUUAACAAAUGCUUAUGAUAUAGGUCAUGCUGUAAUGUGGAUCACCGCCAUGAUGGGUGGACCAAGUAAGCUAGUGCAAAAACACUUAGCUGGUUUGUUUAACAGCAUCUCAUCUUUUUACCAUCCUUCAAAUAAUGGGCGCUGGCUGAACAAGUUAAUGAAACUACUUCAGCAGUUGCCAAACAGUGUUGUUAGAAGAUUGCACCAUGAAAGAUACAAGAAGCCCUCUUGGUUAACUCCUGUGCCUGAUAGCCACAAGCUUACUGAUCAAGAUGUUACAGACUUUGUACAAUGCAUUAUUCAGCCUGUCCUCUUGGCUAUGUUUAGCAAAACUGGUAGUCUAGAAGCAGCCCAGGCUUUGCAGAAUCUUGCACUCAUGAGACCUGAAUUAGUAAUACCCCCUGUACUUGAAAGAACGUAUCCUGCAUUAGAGACAUUAACAGAACCUCACCAGCUCACAGCUACUUUAAGUUGUGUAAUUGGAGUAGCCCGCAGUUUGGUAUCAGGGGGCAGAUGGUUUCCUGAAGGUCCAACACAUAUGCUACCUUUGUUGAUGAGAGCAUUGCCUGGGGUGGAUCCAAAUGACUUUAGUAAAUGCAUGAUCACAUUCCAGUUCAUAGCAACAUUUUCGACUCUGGUGCCUUUAGUAGAUUGUUCAUCUGUACUACAAGAAAGAAAUGACCUCACAGAAGUGGAACGAGAGCUUUGCUCAGCCACAGCUGAAUUUGAGGAUUUCGUCUUACAGUUUAUGGACAGAUGCUUUGGACUUAUAGAAAGUAGCACAUUGGAGCAAACAAGAGAAGAGACAGAAACUGAGAAAAUGACACACUUGGAGAGUUUGGUCAAAUUAGGUCUGUCUUCUACGUUUAGUAUAGUCCUCACCCAGUGUUCCAAAGAAAUAUUUAUGGUGGCCCUUCAGAAGGUUUUUAAUUUUUCUACGUCACAUAUAUUUGAAACAAGAGUAGCAGGUCGCAUGGUGGCAGACAUGUGCCACGCUGCUGUAAAGUGCUGCCCAGAAGAAUCUUUGAAGCUCUUCGUUCCUCACUGCUGCAGUGUUAUAACUCAGCUUACAAUGAAUGAUGAUGUAUUAAAUGAUGAAGAGCUAGACAAGGAAUUACUGUGGAAUCUUCAACUUUUGUCUGAAAUUACUCGAGUGGAUGGAAGGAAGUUGCUUCUUUAUAGGGAGCAGCUUGUAAAGAUUCUCCAAAGAACCCUGCAUUUAACCUGUAAGCAGGGUUACACUCUGUCUUGUAACCUUUUGCAUCAUCUUCUUCUUUCUAUCACACUUAUCUACCCUACAGAAUACUGCAGUGUGCCAGGUGGCUUUGACAAACCUCCUUCUAAAUACUUUCCUAUCAAGGACUGGGGCAAACCUGGGGACUUGUGGAAUCUGGGAAUCCAGUGGCAUGUUCCUUCUUCAGAAGAAGUGUCUUUUGCCUUUUAUCUUUUGGACUCCUUUCUUCAGCCUGAGCUCAUCAAACUUCAGCACUGUGGGGACGGCAAACUUGAAAUGUCUAGAGGUGAUAUUCUACAGAGUCUGACUAUAGUGCACAACUGUUUAAUUGGCUCUGGAAACCUCCUACCUCCGUUGAAAGGAGAGCCAGUUGCUAACUUAGUACCAAGUAUGGUGUCCUUGGAAGAGACAAAGUUGUAUACUGGACUUGAAUAUGAUCUGUCUCGAGAGAACCACCGAGAAGCAAUCGCUAGAAUUAUAAGGAAACUUCUUAACCACAUACUUGAUAAUUCAGAAGAUGAUACCAAGUCAUUGUUUCUUAUUAUAAAGAUUAUUGGAGACCUUUUGCAAUUCCAAGGAUCUCACAAGCAUGAAUUUGACUCCCGAUGGAAAAGCUUCAACUUAGUAAAGAAAGCAAUGGAAAAUCAGCUCCAUGGGAAAAAACAACAUAUCAGAGCACUGUUGAUUGAUAGAGUAAUGUUACAGCAUGAGCUACGGACACUAACUGUUGACGGUUGUGAAUAUAAAAAGAUACAUCAAGAUGUGAUCAGAGAUCUUCUUCGCUUAUCUACAAGUUCAUACAGUCAGGUGAGAAAUAAGGCUCAGCAAACAUUUUUUGCUGCCUUGGGAGCAUACAACUUCUGUUGCAGAGAUAUAAUUCCCUUGGUUUUGGAGUUCUUACGGCCUGACAGACAAGAUGUCACACAGCAGCAAUUCAAGGGUGCCUUGUAUUGUCUCCUUGGAAAUCGCAGUGGUGUGUGCUUGGCAAACCUUCAUGAUUGGGACUGUAUUGUACAGACUUGGCCAGCGAUUCUUUCUUCAGGGCUUAGCCAAGCAGUGUCCCUGGAAAAGCCAUCAAUAGUGAGACUGUUCAAUGAUCUUGCAGAAAAGAUUUAUAGGCAGUAUGAAACAAUUGGCUUGGACGUCACAAUUUCAAAAUCAUGUGUUGCAAUCGCGGAAUCACUUCAGCAGUCAAAAAACCCCUCUAUCAACCAGAUAUUGCUUAGCUCAGAAAAAAUUAAGGAAGGAAUGAAACGCCAACAAGAAAAGAAUGCUGAUGCUGUAAGGAACUAUGAAAAUUUGGUAGACACCUUGCUAGAUGGUGUGGAGCAAAGAAACCUGCCCUGGAAAUUUGAACAUAUAGGCAUUGGGCUCCUGUCUCUACUGCUGAGAGAUGACCGAGUGCUGCCUCUUCGCGCCAUACGGUUUUUUGUUGAGAAUCUCAACCAUGAUGCAACCGUAGUUCGAAAGAUGGCUAUCUCAGCUGUUGCCGGUAUCCUUAAACAGCUAAAAAGAACUCACAAAAAGCUGACCAUUAACCCCUGUGAAAUCAGUGGAUACCCUAAACCCACCCAAAUUAUUGCUGGUGAUAGGCCUGAUAAUCACUGGUUGCAUUAUGAUAGCAAAACUAUACCAAGAACUAAAGAAGAAUGGGAGUCGAGUUUCUUUGUGGAAAAAACUCAUUGGGGAUAUUAUACCUGGCCAAAGAAUAUGGUUGUUUAUGCUGGUGUGGAAGAGCAGCCUAAGCUUGGCAGAAGCAGGGAGGAUAUGACAGAGGCAGAACAGAUUAUAUUUGAUCAUUUUUCUGAUCCCAAAUUUGUUGAACAGUUAAUUACUUUUCUAUCAUUAGAAGACAGAAAAGGAAAAGAUAAGUUUAAUCCACGACGUUUUUGUCUCUUCAAGGGUAUAUUCAGGAAUUUUGAUGAUGCCUUCCUGCCAGUUCUGAAGCCCCAUUUAGAACGUUUGGUUGCAGAUUCACAUGAAAGCACCCAGCGCUGUGUUGCAGAAAUUAUAGCUGGUUUAAUCGGAGGUUCUAAGCACUGGACAUUUGAAAAGGUGGAGAAGCUGUGGGAGCUUCUGUGCCCUCUGCUUAGAACAGCACUGUCCAACAUUACCAUAGAAACUUACAAUGACUGGGGAGCUUGUAUAGCAACAUCCUGUGAAAGCAGAGAUCCCCGGAAACUUCAUUGGCUUUUUGAACUUCUGUUGGAAUCACCAUUGAGUGGAGAAGGAGGAUCCUUUGUAGAUGCGUGUCGACUUUAUGUACUACAAGGUGGCCUUGCCCAGCAAGAAUGGAGGGUGCCUGAACUAUUGCACAGACUACUGAAGUACUUGGAACCCAAACUCACCCAGGUUUACAAAAAUGUCAGAGAAAGAAUAGGAAGUGUGCUGACCUACAUAUUCAGGAUAGAUGUUUCUUUGCCAAAUACUGCACCAACCAUGUCGCCUCAUGUCCCUGAGUUUACUGCUCGAAUUCUGGAGAAAUUGAAACCUCUCAUGGAUGUGGAUGAAGAAAUUCAGAACCAUGUUAUGAAGGAAAAUGGAAUUGGUGAAGAAGAUGAACGAACUCAGGGCAUUAAACUCUUGAAAACCAUAUUGAAAUGGCUGAUGGCAAGUGCAGGAAGAUCCUUUUCUGCAGCAGUCACAGAACAACUUCAGCUUCUGCCUUUGUUUUUUAAGAUUGCCCCAGUGGAAAAUGAUAAUAGCUACGAUGAACUGAAAAGAGAUGCAAAGUUAUGUUUAUCAUUGAUGUCUCAGGGGCCGCUUUACCCUCAUCAGGUGCCUUUGGUACUUCAGGUGCUAAAACAAACAGCAAGAAGCAGUUCUUGGCAUGCAAGAUACACAGUACUGACCUACCUCCAGACCAUGGUAUUUUACAACCUCUUUAUUUUCCUAAACAGUGAAGAUGCAGUUAAAGAUAUCAGGUGGCUGGUUAUAAGUCUUUUGGAGGAUGAACAACUAGAGGUUCGAGAAAUGGCUGCCACCACCUUAAGCAGCCUGCUGCAGUGUAACUUCCUCACCAUGGACAGUCCUAUGCAGAUUCAUUUUGAGAAGCUUUGCAAAACAAAACUACCUAAGAAAAGAAAGCAAGACCCUGGUUCUGUAGGAGAUACCAUUCCUUCUGCAGAGUUGGUCAAAUGCCACGCUGGGGUGCUAGGACUUGGUGCAUGUGUCCUUUCUAGUCCUUAUGAUGUUCCCACCUGGAUGCCCCAGCUCCUCAUGAAUCUCAGUGCACAUCUAAAUGAUCCUCAGCCUAUUGAGAUGACUGUGAAAAAGACCUUAUCCAAUUUCCGAAGGACUCACCAUGACAACUGGCAGGAACACAAACAGCAAUUCACUGAUGACCAACUGCUUGUUCUCACCGAUCUUCUUGUGUCACCAUGCUAUUAUGCAUAGACAGAUGACUAGUCCUCACUUCAGGCUCUUUUCUUCAAAAACUCCACACCCUCAGGUACCAUCUGUGGUGGCUGUCUGCAAGUUUUAAAACUGCCUCUGCUGAGGUCUCAUCAUUUUGGUGGUUUCUGUGUUAGAUCUCAUUAGUCUGCGUUCCACAGCUUCUCAGUUGCUAUUUAUUUGAUUUCCUAACUUGUCCGGAAAUGUUUCCAGAAUACUGAUCACUUUUUUUUUUUUUUUUUUGAGGCAUCUGACAAAGUCACAAAGUCUCAGACUAGAAAUAAUUACCCAGUAUGAUCAUGGCAUCCAAGACCAGGAUCUAGGAGCUCAUUAAGAAACAAUUUACUUGGAAUGGAGAAUACCCAUCUGUAAUACAGGUCCUGUCAUUUCAUUCAUCUCAAAUUAUUUUGAAUUAUUCCCAAAUGGCUGCCAGAUUUAGAUGGUAGUCAGGCUGUGGGCCGUUAAUCUGAAGCCUUGAGAGCCUUGGGUCUGGGGAGCCUUGAAGAGGGAAGGAAAAGAGGGCAAGUCUUGAACCUAACCAGUGACCUGAUGGAUUGCUCGACUGGGACACAGAGUGAAGUCUGUAUUUGUGCACCUCCCGCAGAUUGGAGUUUUUGGUGCUGAAUAGAGGCAGUUGCUAAAAAAUUGGGGAUUUGGUGAAGAAAUUUGAUUGUUGUGUGUAUUCAAUGUGUGAUUUUAAAAAUAAACAGCAACAACAAUAAAAAUCCUGA